AUGACGCUCAGCGAUGAGGAGGAGGUCCGGCCACUGCGGCUCGAAGAAGCGCAGCCAGACCGGCCCAUAGGCCAUCGAGUGAAGGUGUCAGCUCUUGCUGUGGCCCUGUGCCUCGGGGCCGGGGCGCUGAUCUGGAAAAACACGGUGCCUUGCAAGCCAGGGUCACCUGGGCUCCUGCAGGCUAAGUUUGCUACGGAUGUGGAUGCGCAGAUGGCUUUAAAAGUGGAGGGCCUCCGGAGCGUGACAAACAGGAGCCUUGCCGAUGGCAUCGUCAUGAAUGCGAUGAAGUCUGCGGGCAAGGACCCUGCGUCCCUCCCGUUUCACGCGGAUUCACGCGGAACACCUCUCCCUCUCUGUAUCUCUCUCCAUCUCUGUUGA